AGAUUUGCCCGCGAGAGAAAACAGUCGCCAUUUCUCGAAAAGUAAGAAAGCGCUGAAAGUGUGGCGGACAGUUCGUUCACAUGCGCACAGAAACCAUCCCAGAUAACUCCUAAAGUAAAGACCGCAUCUAAGCUUCCCGUUACCGGCUGUCUUCCCUGGCUGGUGUACAACUAGAUGUGAUAUUCCAGUCGGAGUUUAUGAGGGCGGCGAGUGAGUGAGAGUGAUUGAGGCCUGACAGUACAAACACUCUACGUUACGUCGCAGACUGUAAACUCACUGUUGUUGGUCACUCUCACAGGGGCAUAACUGCAGAACAAACAGCCCUCCUCUGAAAAAUGAUCAUUGAAAACCUCGAUGCCUUGAAGACGUGGCUCUCGAAGACUCUUGAACCCAUAUGUGAUGCUGACCCUUCUGCUCUUGCGAAAUAUGUGGUUGCUUUGGUGAAGAAAGAUAAAUCCGAGAAGGAGUUGAAAGCACUGUGCAUUGACCAGUUGGAUGUAUUUCUUCAGAAAGAAACGCAGAUAUUUGUGGACAAACUUUUUGAAGCUGUGAACGCAAAGAGUUACCUACCUCAACCAGAGCAGCCGACUUCUGCAAGCAGAACUGAAACUCACCAGCGCACAGAGAAAGAUGAAACUAAGAGAGAGGAGCCCAGCCGAGAUGAGGAUCGAGAAAAGAAAUUCUCCAGGAGAAUAAACCACAGUCCUCCGUCUAGCUCCAGAUACAGCCGAGACAGCAGGAGAGUAGACGACCACAAGAAAGAUGACCGUUCCAGGAAGCGAGAGUAUGACCGUAACCCUCCCAGAAGGGACUCGUACAGGGAACGUUAUAACCGCAGGAGAGAACGCAGUCGCAGUCGUAGUCGCAGCUGGAGUAAGGACCGCACUCGUGACCGGGACAGAGAGCGGGACCGCAGCCGAUCUCGCACACGCAGUCGCUCUAGAAGCAGAGAGCGAGAUUCUGGAAAGCCAAAAUACGAGCACAGUCGUCCAGAACGUCAGGAGGCCGCGACCACCGAUGGCUACACCGCCACGCCUCUCACACCUGGCAACUCCUCUGCUCAUUUCCCUGUGCCCACCCUCAGUAGUACCAUCACUGUCAUCGCCCCCACCCACCAUGGGAACAACACCACUGAGAGCUGGUCAGAAUUCCCACAGGACCACAUGCCCUUCGGCAGAGGCGUCCCGCCAAGGAAACGCUGUCGUGACUAUGAUGAAAAAGGCUUCUGUAUGCGAGGAGACAUGUGCCCUUUCGAUCACGGAAGUGACCCAGUGGUGGUGGAGGACGUUAAUCUUCCCAGCAUACUUCCUUUCCAGCCACCGCCUCUUCCUGGUGUAGACGGCCCACCUCCUCCGGGCCUGCCGCCCCCUCACUCACUCCUGACUCCACCAGUGAACCUCAGACCACCUGUGCCCCCACCGGGCACCAUGCCACCCAGCCUACCACCUGUAGCAGGUCCUCCUCCUCCACUUCCUGCUCUGCAGCCCUCUGGUAUGGAUGCUCCACCAAACUCCAUCACCAGCUCUGUGCCCACUAUAGUGACGUCAGGUGUCCGGCCUCUGAUCACCCAGCCUCCACCACCUCUCUUCACUUCAGAUUCGUUUGAGCCAGAGGUGUAUAAUCCUGAAGCCCCCAGCAUGACCUCGCGGCCCAUGUACAGACACAGAGUCAACGCUCAGCGGCCCAAUCUGAUUGGUCUGACCAUGGGAGAAGUGGAUCUGCCCUCUAGAGAGAAAAUGUUAAACAGCAACAGCGCUCGGAUAGUUUUAGAAUCAGACUCCAGGAAGAGAGGAGCAGGAAUGCAUGAUGGAGCGAUUCCUGCAAAGAAACCCUGGUUUGACAAACCAAACUUCAACAAACCAAACCACCACAGCUUUCACAGCAGAGUGCCCUACUCUUCAGCAAACGCCAAACUGGCCAUCCGUCAGAUUCCUCCUGAACUCAACAACAUCAGCAAACUAAACGAGCACUUCAGCAAGUUUGGCACCAUCGUCAAUCUACAGGUGGCAUAUAAUAAUGACCCAGAGGGGGCGCUUAUCCAGUUUGCCUCCCCUGAAGAAGCCAAACGGGCCAUGCAGAGCACAGAGGCAGUGCUCAACAACCGCUUCAUCAGAGUACACUGGCACAGAGAGGACGCGGUGGAGCACACACACACCACUCCACAUCCGAGCAUACAGACAGCCCAGGAGCCUGUGGUGACCACACCGAAACAGUCAGUGAAAGACCGGCUCGGACCCCUGCCCACAGCCCACCCUGAACCCUCACACGACUCCGGCGGCGCUCCACAGAAUACAACCAAGGCUUCAGUGAAGGAGCGUUUGGGCCUCUCUAAACCAGCUGGCUUUGGAGGAAAGGUCUUUUCCACAUCUACUGGCCUGACUAAGACUGUUUAUAACCCAGCUGCACUGAAAGCUGGCCAGAAGGGAGCGCCAUUCGGGAGCGCCACUGUCAGCGCAGAAGAUGCCCUGAAAAGGAAACAGGAGGCGCUGAAGCUUCAGCACGACAUUCGGAAAAAGAAACAGGAGAUUUUGGAGAAGCACAUUCAGACUCAGAAGCUGCUGAUAUCUAAGCUGGAGAAGAACAGGUCCAUGAAGGCGGAGGAUAAAGCUCUGAUCAUGCAGACCCUCACCACCUUCACCAACAGCAUCACCAAACUACAGGAGGAGAUGAAAGGACUGUCCAGUGCUAAUGCCCUCAAGACCACACUCAAGAGCAAGGCUCAGGCUCAAAAGGAGCUCCUGGACACUGAGUUGGACCUUUAUAAGAAAAUCCAGGCAGGAGAAGACACUGCUGAACUCAAGAUCAAAUACACUCAGCUGCAAUUGGAGGCUGCCAAAAGGGGGCUGCUGACCCCAGGACGUGGGAGGGGGGCCCACGGCAGGGGUCGGGGGGGCCUGAGGAGCCGAGGACGCGGGAGAGGAGUCCCAACUCACGCUGUGGUGGAUCAUCGACCCCGAGCUUUAGAGAUCGGCGGUUUCACUGAGGCAGAUCGAGUCGACCUGCUGCCACACUUCGCACAAUACGGGGAGAUUGAAGAUUGCCAGAUGGAGGAUUCUAGUCUUAGUGCCAUCAUUACAUACAAAACCCGUGCAGAGGCAGAACAGGCGGCCAUCCACGGUGUUCGGUUAAAUAAUCAGGAGCUGCGCUUGGCCUGGCACAAGCCCACGGCUUCCCUCAACACAACAGACCCGGAUGAAGUUGAACCUGAGGAUGAGGAGUUUCCAGAGGAUUCGUUCGUGGACGAUUCCCUGCUGCAGGACGAUGAUGAAGAGGAAGACGAUAACGAGUCGCGCUCAUGGCGUAGAUGAAGAUGAAGUCGUGUGUCCAGUCCUGCUGCACUGCACCACUCGAGCACAUCAGAUCUUGAGUUCUGUGUUUUUGAAAUGGUUGUUUUUAAUAAUAUUGAUUUACAUUUCAUUGGCUUUUUUUAUUUUACUUAUCAAACCUGAGCAGCAAAUAGAAAACGUUACUCAAAAGGCUGUGAAUUUCAAUUACUGAGAUGUAAGAUAACAUGAAUGAUUUGAUUUCUCGCCGUCAUCGUUUUGUUUCGUAUCGUUUCAAAACAUUGACUAACUUUUGGCGGCUGCAUUGUUUUUCUUUUUUCUUUUUUCUUUUCUUUUUUUCUUUUUUUUUUAUGGUCCGUAUGUUGACCCAAAUUUCUUUUCAACAUUUCUGAAAAUGUUACAGAUUGAGACAAAUAUGGGAAAUGUUUCGAUCUCAAAGACAACGGUAGAGCAUUUUUGGAGCGUUGUUAUAAAACAUGUUGUAUGCUUUCCUUAGUAUAAUCAGCCUGAUGAGGAUGUAGCUUUUUGUGUACAUAUUUUAUGUAUCAAUUUUAAUGGUUUUUGCUUCUGGAUUCAUCUCCUGGCUUUAAUUUUGAAAUGUAAAAAAAUAAAGAAGUGAAAUGGUCUAGAAAAAAUAUCAGCUGCAAAAAAAAAGAAAAACCAAAAGAAAAAAAAUAUUGAGAGCUCUGCUGCAAAAGCAGCAUUGAAAACAAAAAAAUCUGAACAGCUGAAUAAAGACCAUUUCAACCCCCACCCCCCAA